AUGGUGAACAUCUACAGUUCUGGUGUUGACUCGUUGCCUGGCACCGUGCAUCUUAUUGAUCGUGAUCACUCAGUCCAUGCUCGGCGCGCAGGUACGGACGAGAUCAUUUUGCACCCAGCCCCAUCCGAUGAUCCCGAAGAUCCACUCAACUGGAUGCCGCGUCGAAAAACUCUGUCUAUGAUUUGUUCAAGCCUAUAUACUUGGAUGACUGGCAUCGCGCUUUCGACCGUAUACUCUGUGCUUGUACCGCUUUACGAAGCCUCAGGAGUGUCUGUAAAGACACUAAAUGAGGGUACAGGGUACAUGUUCCUAUUUCUUGGCUGGGGCCUUUUGUUUUGGCAGCCAUUUGCCUUGAGAUAUGGGAAGAGGCUGACCUAUCUCAUAUCCGUGCUGGGCGUGAUUGGUACCAGCAUAUGGAGCGCGUACGUCAAGAGUGAUGGCGAGUGGAUUGCUCGAUGCAUUGUGAUGGGGUUCUUCACUGCGCCUAUCGAGGCCUUACCUGAGAUUUCGAUCGCGGAUGUGUAUUACACCCACCAGAGAGGUACUUACAUGGGAGUGUAUGCACUCACACUGGCGGGAAGUAACUAUUUCGCUCCCAUCAUAUCUGGAUUCAUCGCUGAAGGACAGGGUUGGCAGUGGGUAUUUUAUUGGCCUGCCAUCUUCAACGCCGCCACCCUCCUGUUUCUGUUCUUUUUCUUGGAGGAAACCAAUUAUGUUCGCGUCACGCGUACCGCAAGUGAGACCCCUUCAGCGGAAGAAGAGAGCAAGGGUGCAGUCACGACCAGAUUACCGGCUCUAUCGGACAUUCCAACUGCACCCAGGAAGUCGUUCGCACAGAAACUCUCGAUGUGGCAGCCUUCACCCGGCCAGAGUAUGGCUACGCGGGCAAAAUUGAGUCUGACGUAUCUCAGCUGGCCGGUCAUCGUUUACGCGGGCUUCAGCUACGGUUCAUACCUAAUCUGGUUCAACGUACUGAAUGCUACAGCUUCAAUCAGCCUUGGCGGAUCACCAUACAAUUUCAAAGCUUCAAUGGUCGGUCUCAGCUAUGUUUCUUGCUGCGUUGGCGUAGUCGUGGGGUCGCUAGUCUCUGGUCCCCUCAGUGACUGGUUGACGAUCAUACUCGCACGAAGGAACCACGGCGUCAUGGAAGCUGAAUAUCGGCUUUGGCCCUUUGCUAUCUGUCUUGUCAUGGUCCCGAGCUCAUUGAUACUUUGGGGCGUUGGCGCUGCAUAUCAGGUGCACUGGAUGGCACUUGUGAUCGCAAUGGGUUGCCUCGCUUUCACAUCAUGCGUAGGCGUCACACUCAGUGUGAACUAUCUCAUCGACAGCUACCACGAAAUCAGCGGCGACGCGAUUGUCACUGUGAUACUCAUUCGUAACACGAUGUCAUUCGCGGUCAGCUAUGGCAUUACUCCAUGGUUGACAGACUUAGGUUACCGGAACUGCUUUCUCUCGGCCGCUUUUGUUGGUAUGGCUGCGUCUUCAGUCUUUCUGCUGAUGAUUCGGAAUGGGAAGUUGCUCAGGGAACGAAGCAGGACGAGAUACUGGCAGCUUGUACUUGCAGCGAACACAAGCGUUUGA